AUGGAGAAAGAGGCUGUGAGGAAGAGGAAGAUGCCCCAGGACACCCAGGCAGACAAGGAGCUGAGGAUGGAGACCAGGGAGGACAAAUCCCCACGGCAGAACCUCAUGGAAGAGGUUGUUUUGAGCAGCUCCAUGGCACAGGAAUCCAACAGGGAGGAAAAGCCAUGGAGAUCCCACAGGAGGAGGGGCUCCAAACCCAUCCCAGGGUGCUCUGAGGAGGAGAGACCCACCCUGUGCAGGGAAGGCGGCCGGAGAUCCAGCCAGGGCUCUGAGCUUGUGGUCCAUGAGCAGCUUCAGGAUGGGGAGAAGCCCUACAAGUGCUUGGAGUGUGGGAAGAGCUUCAGACAGAGGAAAACCCUGAUCCGCCACCAGAUGAUCCACACUGGGGAAUGGCCCUACGAGUGUGGGGAAUGUGGGAAGGGCUUCAGCUGCAGCUCCCAACUCAUCAUCCACCAGCGCAUCCACACUGGGGAGAGGCCCUAUGAGUGUUCUGAGUGUGGGAAGAGAUUUCAGAGGAGCUCCACUCUCCUCCUGCACCAGCGGAUUCACACGGAUGAGAGGCCCUUCCGCUGCCCUGACUGUGGGGAGGGCUUCAAGUACAACUCCACCCUCAUCACCCACCGGCGCAUCCACACUGGGGAGAGGCCCUAUGAGUGUGAGGAAUGUGGGAAGGGGUUCAGCCAAAGCUCCAGCCUUAGUACCCACAAACGCAUUCAUACUGGAGAGAGGCCCUACGAGUGUCCCCAGUGUGGGAAGAGCUUCAGAAACAGCUCUAACUUGACCAUCCACCAGAGGACCCACACUGGGGAACGUCUCUAUGAGUGUGAGGAAUGUGGGAUGACCUUCAGUCGGAGGUCCCAGCUGAUCCACACUGGGGAGAGGCCCUAUGAGUGUCCUGAGUGCAGGAAGAGGUUUCAGACCAGCUCCACUCUCCUCGUGCACCAGCGGAUUCACACGGAUGAGAGGCCCUUCCGCUGCCCUGACUGCAGGAAGGGCUUCAAGUACAACUCCACCCUUGUCAGGCACCGGCGCAUCCACACUGGGGAGAGGCCCUAUGAGUGUCCCCAGUGUGGGAAGAGCUUCUCCAGGAGCUCUACCUUGACCAGACACCAACAGAGGCACCACUAAGGGAAGCCCUGUGAGUGCCCCAAGUGCAAGAAGAGCUUUGUGCACUGCCCCAGCUCCAUCCCCCACCAGAGGAUGCGCAUUGGGCAGAGCCCUGAUGACCCACGUUCCCAGUGAUCUGUGUUGGGAAGACACUGGGCUGGUGGUCAUUUUAUUUUGGUUCUAUCUUUUGAUUCAUCUUCAUCCCUUUAAAACAGAUAAAUUUGGAAUAAAAGUCUACAAAUUCAUCAAAGGCAUCUAAAACCUCACAUUUACCGGUGCUUCAGGGGAAUCUGGGAUUCAGGGAGCGUCGCUGUUGGACACGAAAUAAGUCACACGGACACAGCUCAAGAGACGAUGAAGAAGAAGUGAACUUUAUUUCUUCUCUCACAAUUUAUAGCUUUCUGACCAUGGCCAGGGAUUGGGUAGUCAGGAUAGCCCCUUUCUAACCACACUGGCCGUAAGACAUGUCCAUCAAGAGACGUCUAACAGAAGGAAUGCACAAGUAUCUAUGUUUAUAGUUUCUAUCCUGGGAAAAUUCUUUAGAAACUAUGUCAACAAGCUCUGAAGCUGAGUUUUCAGGGCGACAAGGGAUGUACAUGGGAGGGUUUUGGAGGCAUUUGGUGUAGUUGUCUCCAUUUCUUGGCACUCAAGGAGAUGAGAGAGUUCGAUCUAUCACCUUGAAACCACUCAGUGCCAUUGAAAUCUACUCAAUCCCACACCAAAAUUACUGCAUUCCACAGCCCCUCAGCAUGUGAUGCCUUAAGUUUUAGCUUUCCUAUUUUUCAUAUUCUGCACUGCCUAGGUUUGUAGCUUUGAACUUCCUAUUAAGUGUUAGUGAGCUCUCUUCACAGAGUAGGUAGACAAAACAAUUCCUUUUCUAGCUUGAUACCAAGGACAAUUGUUACAAGUUCCAGGCCCAAAAGCAUGAACAAGGGUGGACUGAAGAGA